AUGCAAAGCGAUAUUAUCAAUACCAUUGUAUUUAUCGGACCUACUGGUGUAGGUAAAUCCAGACUUAUUAACUAUUUGGCUGAAAAAGAUGUUGCCAAAACAGCCAACACUCUACAAAGUGUAACCAAGGGUCUUCAGUGCUAUUGUGUCAAUCCUCAAGAUAGUACUCAUGGAUUUCUCUUUGUAGAUACUCAAGGUGUUUGUGAUACCACUAUGUCCAAUGCUGAUGUAGUGUCACUUAUUUCCGAUGCUUUAAAAAAUAAAGUAAAAAAGGUCAACUAUUUUAUCUUGAUGAUAAAAUCAGGAAGAAUGACAGACGAGAAUAGAAAAGCUAUUGAACAACUUAUUACAGAGUUUGAUUUAGUAGAGAGAAAGAACCACGUAUAUGUUCUCGUAACAAACUGCGAAAUAUUGAAUGGCCAAGCUUUAACUCGUCUGGAGAACGAAGUAUGUGCUGACAGAACCCUGAAGAAGUUGCUUAAGAUGGAAAAAAGUUCUACAAGCAGCUGCCACGAAGUAGUCAAUUUGUCAUUCACCGGUCUGCCAGAUCCAAAAGAUGUAAAUGUAUUGAUGAUGGAUGGUGUAAGAAAAUGGAUGGAGGUUCAAAGAAAACCAUUGAUGAAAUAUAUUUCUAAACCCAUCAGUGCUAUUGAACCAAAUUUGCGUUGUCAAACAAAACACAUCGAUUUAUUUCAGAUAUUACAUUGCAGUUGA